AGUGAAUAAUGAAUAGGGUUCAGUCUAAUUUUGUGUUUAUCAUCGCUAUGCCGUUACCGGAUUUUUCUGGGACUGAGCAAAAAAACGUCACCAAACCUUUUGAGGACUGAAAAAUUUCGAAUCAGUAAAUUAUGACUCUAUCAACUUCUUCAUCCUUUUCCUUUCCUUUUCAAUUCGUUAGACUUAUAAUAUAUAUCUCAUCAUGUCUGUAACUACUAAGACUAUUACAAUUCUUCCAGGUGACCAUGUUGGUACCGAAAUCUGUAAUGAAGCCAUCAAGGUUUUAAAAGCCAUUGAAGAACAUACCCCACAUCAAAACAUAAAAUUCGAAUUCAAGCAUCAUUUAAUUGGAGGUGCUGCCAUUGAUGCCACUGGAGUUCCAUUACCUGACGAUUCCUUAGCUGCCGCCAAGCAAUCUGAUGCUGUUUUAUUAGGAGCUGUCGGUGGUCCAAAAUGGGGUACUGGUGCUGUUAGACCUGAACAAGGUUUAUUAAAAAUCAGAAAAGAAUUAAACUUAUAUGCUAAUUUAAGACCAUGUAAUUUUGCUUCUGAUGCUUUAUUAGAAUUAUCUCCAUUAAAAUCUGAAGUUGUGAAAGGUACUAAUUUCACUGUUGUUCGUGAAUUAGUUGGUGGUAUAUAUUUUGGUGAAAGACAAGAACAAGAUGAAUCAGAAGAUAAUGAAACUGCUUGGGAUACUGAACAAUAUACCGUGGCUGAAGUAUCUAGAAUCACUAGAAUGGCUGCAUUUAUGGCUUUACAACAUAAUCCACCUUUACCAAUCUGGUCAUUGGAUAAAGCAAAUGUUUUAGCUUCAUCAAGAUUAUGGAGAAGAACUGUCGAUAAAGUUAUUACUGAAGAAUUCCCAACUUUAAAAGUUCAACAUCAAUUAAUUGACUCAGCUGCUAUGAUCUUAGUUCAAUCUCCAAGUAAAUUAAAUGGUAUUGUUAUAACUUCAAAUAUGUUUGGUGAUAUUAUAUCCGAUGAAGCUUCCGUCAUUCCUGGUUCUUUGGGUCUUUUACCUUCAGCUUCCUUAUCUUCGUUACCAGAUACCAACAAAGCUUUUGGUUUAUAUGAACCAUGUCACGGUUCUGCUCCAGAUUUACCUGAAAAUAAAGUAAAUCCAGUCGCUACCAUCUUAUCUGUGGCUAUGAUGUUAAGAUUAUCAUUAGAUUCACUUAAAGAAGCUGCUGCUUUAGAAGAAGCUGUUCGUCAAGUUUUAGAUUCAGGAAUUAGAACUGCCGAUUUAAGAGGUACAAGCUCUACUAAAGAAGUUGGUGAAGCUAUUGUAGAAGCUUUGAUCAAAAUUUUAAAAUCUUCUGCUUAAUAAUGUUUAUAGUUUUUUAUUUAAUUCGACUUUUAUAUAUAUAUGCUUGGUUUGUGUUAAACUUACAAAAA